AUGGAGCACCAGCCGCUCAUGGGCGUCAGCAUGAGAAAGAUGAAGGCCAAGCUGCAGAGCGACCUGAAGCGCGAUGGCGUCGACGUUCCCGAUGCGCUGGGGAUGGGCACGGCCAUGAUGCUCAUGUUCCUGUACCCCGCCAUCCCCAACCCACCCGUGUCCCCCGCGGCGCCCCUCGCCUCCGCCGUUGCCGCGAGGGCCCCAGGCGACGGCGUCGACCGCAUCAGCCGCCUCCCCGACCCGAUCCUCAAGAACAUCGUCUCCCGCCUCCCAGCCAAGGACGCCGCGCGCACCGCCACGCUCGCCUCGCGCUGGCGCGGCCUCUGGUGCUCCGUGCCCCUCGCCCUCGUCGACGCCCACAUCGUGCCGCGCGGCGUCCGGACCGACCGCAUGGCGCCCGGAGGCGACGACAUCACGUCCAUGGUCGGCGUCCUCGUGGCGUCCCGCGUCCUGGAGGCGCAUCCGGGCCCCUUCCGCUGCGCCCACCUCACCCGGGGCCACAUGGCGUCGCACCAGCCCAAGAUCGAGCGCUGGCUGAAGCUCCUCGCGGCCAAGGGCGUCCAAGAACUCGUCUUCAUCAACCGCCCGUGGCCGCUGGACUUCCCUCUCCCCGCCUCGCUCUUCGGCUGCGCCGCCUCGCUCACCCGCCUGCACCUAGGCGCCUGGAGGUUCCCGAGCACUGCUAGGCUCCCGCGGGCCACCCGCUUCCAAAACCUGCAGGAGCUUGUACUCAGCUUGAUCAUCAUCGAGGACCGAGACCUCCAAUUCCUGAUCGACAAGAGCCCUGUCCUGGAGAUCCUCACUGUCAUCACAAGCCAGACUGGUAAUCGCGUCCGCUUGGUCAGCCGCAGCUUGCGGUGCGUGCAGAUGACCAUGUCUGCCCUGGCGGACAUCACUGUGGUGGAUGCUCCUCGACUGGAGAGGCUCUUCUUGUGGAUGAUUACGUGUAGCCCGCGGAGCGAUAUGCGCUCAAGGAUCAAGAUUGGCCAUGCACCCAAGCUGCGCAUGCUGGGACAUUGGCAGCCGGAACUCGAACUAGAGAUUGGCAACACCAUCAUCAAGGUGGGUACGAAGGUGAGCCCAAGCACCAUGGUCCCAAGCGUCAAGAUCUUGGCUUUGGAGUUGCAAUUUGAAGUCCACAGUGAAGUCAAGAUGGUGCCUUCCUUCCUCAGAUGCUUUCCCAACGUCGAGACGCUCCAUGUCUUUUCACUGAAUGCCCCCAGUGGCACGCCUGAUCUCAAGUUCUGGCUGGAGGUUGGCUGUAUUGAUUGUGUCCAGAAGCAUGUGAAGAAGUUUGUUUUCCAAGAGUUUCGGGGGAAAAGAAGUGAGCUAGCGUUUCUCAAGUUCAUCGCCGAGAGAGCGCAGGUCCUGGAGAAGAUGGUGGUUAUGGUGAGCUCUGCAUGUUUCUCUUCUGCGGAUGGUGUGACUGCCAAGCUUAAGCCACUUAUUUCUGCAAAAUGGGUCAGUAAAGACUGUAAGCUGAUUGUCUUCAAGAGUCAAUCCACUGAUGGGGCUUCUCCUGCUUGGGUUUUCCGCAUAGCAUCUGACUUUUCGUGUAGCGACCCUUUUGACCUUCUGACCGCUUAUGCUGAACUCAGCAAUGAUGCCUCUGUGCUUCAUCCUUCCAGCACUCUCUGAGUCUGCAGCCGACUACAUGCAGCCUAAGCCACAGUUUUUUAUUGUCUGCAUCAACCUUUUAGAGAUUGGGAAUGUUUCUGCUAGCAUGGUGGCUGUAAAUGGUUGAAUUUGAUUAGCAGCACUAUUUCUCUUGCAAAAGCUUACUGUUGUGUUAACUUCUUGCUACUUGAGAACAUCAACUGAUAUCCGCAGUUUCUUCUGAUUCUCUGGCAACUUUUGCUAAAUUUGUGUAUUGAUGCUU